CACGCUUGAUGAAGGAAACAGAAGUAUACGCCCGCUGAAACGUCCUUGAAACGGCUGCAUCGCCUCCGCUUCUCCCACCACUGCCCACCUUCGAGUACCGAGACCAGUGUCAACAGGGAGAGGGAACGGGAGAAAGGCAACAACACCAGAGAGGGAAAGCCAGGACUCAUCAUGGCGAGCGCGACAUCGACAGCGGUGCAUGUUGCGGACAGACCGUCUGCGGGAGCAGCGCCCGUUAAUGGCUCAGUACAUGGAGCCAAGGGAGGCUCUAGCCAUGCAUGCGGGGAGAGGUCUGAAGGCGAGAAGAGUCUUAGAGGCGAAAAGAGGCAUGGAAGCGGGAGAAAGGAUCCACGUUCAGCUUCCCGGAAAUACAAGCAUACCUUUGCUGUGCACGCAGAUGCUCGACCCUCCGUCUUUAGUGCAGACGCGCCCACCUCUCCCUCUACAUUGGGCUUCAGGAACCUUAUGGCGCUGGUCAUCAUCAUCUCCAAUCUGCGCCUGAUGAUUGACAACUACAGCAAAUACGGACCACUUGUGGCCAUCUCGGGAGGAGCGAAGGUCAAGGAAGGAGACUGGAAAUGGUUCAUCAUUCUCUACAUCCUCACGCCCUGCCACUUGUUUAUCGCCUAUUGGAUCGAAUGGGCAGCUGCGCGAUAUGUCGAGAACGUGGCUGCGAGAAUGCAGAGAGAGGGACAGGUCGGCGCGGAACAGAUCAUCAAGGAGGAGAGGAGAAAGUCGAAAAGCUUCUUCUCAACAUGGUCAGCCAUAGCCAUCAGUCACGCACUGAAUGCAACUUUCAUGCUUGCAUUUGCAACACAUGUCGUCUACUAUUGGAUCCACAAUCCCGGCUUAGGCACCAUCACCGAGCUCCACGCCGUCGUGGUCUGGCUCAAAGUCUGCUCAUACGCUUUCACGAAUCGCGACCUGCGACAAUCAUACCUGCGCUCAGACGCCGUCAGUGAAAUGCCAGAGCUAUACAGACAAUGUCCCUAUCCACGUAACAUCAACUUCUUGAACCUCUGCUACUUCUGGUGGGCCCCCACAUUGGUCUACCAACCAGUCUACCCUCGAUCUUCACGAGUCCGAAAGGACUUCGUCGUCAAACGCUUCCUCGAGUUUGCCGCCCUCGGCGUUCUCAUCUGGAUCACCUGUGCACAGUACGCUGUCCCUCUGCUCAACAACAGCAUUGACGAGAUUGCCAACCUGCGUGGCAUCAAGAUCAUGGAAAGAGUGAUGAAGCUGAGCACCAUCAGCCUCGUCUGCUGGCUCGCCGGCUUCUUCGCCCUGUUCCAAUCAUUCCUCAACUUCCUCGCAGAAAUCAUGAGAUUCGGAGAUCGAGAGUUCUAUGGAGACUGGUGGAACUCCAGCGAUGUGCGAAGUUAUUGGACAUCAUGGAACAAACCCGUCACCCACUUCAUGAAGCGACAUGUCUACUCACCUAUGGUAGGAAGGGGAGUGCCUCCCGUUGUCGCUCAAGUGCUCACCUUUAUCUUCUCCGGCGUCCUCCACGAAGCGUUAGUGGGAGUUCCCACGCACAACAUCCUUGGAGUCGCAUUCAUCGGCAUGAUUGGACAACUGCCCCUCAUCUUCCUCACCGACCUCAUCCAAAAGUAUGGCGGCAAUGGACCCAAUGCGAAACUGGUGGGAAAUUGCACCUUCUGGUUCACCUUUUGUAUGUUCGGACAGCCGCUUGCUGCACUGAUAUACUACUUUGCGUGGCAGUCGAAAUACGGUGCUGGAGUUCAGAUCAAGUUGCGAUAGGACAGUGACUUGGCGAAGAAUUAUGCCCUGCUCAUGACUGCCUGCUUUUGGGUAUUGGCUUGGUCUUGGAUGUUGUUGUGGUGGGAGGAAGAUUUCGAUUUACCUGAUCUGUAUGAUUUAGAUUAAAGUACUUACCUUAUCGUAGUGUUUUUUGUUUGUUCGUAUGUACGUACGUACGUACACGGUUCUUACCUUACCUUACGGUG